UUGUAAUUACAGAAUACAGCACACUAGUUUUAGUUCUGCAACUAGAUCUCUCGAUCGUGAUCUACAGUCAUUACAUCAUUAUCACACGCCGGCUUGCGUGUGGCUACCGCACAAUGCGAGCGAACCGAGGUCCGACCGCCGCUCAUCCGCACUAGGACGCCGAUGGGCCUGCGGGGGGCGAACGGCACAAGGCAACUGCGAUCGAGAGCAGCCCAGGGCCGGAGCGCAGCGGCGGGCGGGUCGCCACCAUGAGCUCGGACCGCCAGAGCGACGGCGAAGACGCCGACGAGGCUCAGGUGGACGGGCCGAGCGGCGGGGAGUCCGAGGAGGGCCGCGACGGGGACGGGGACGAUCAGCGGGAGCCAUUACCAGCUCCGCGACGCAGACACGGGGCGCCCGAUAGCCGCACCGCCUUUAGUUCCACGGCAAAGGCUUACGAUGCGCAGCUCGUCGGGGGAUCGGGGAGCGGCAUCGGGUGCAGCGUUUUCCAGUGGCUACGGAAGAGGACGCUGGGGAGAGGACUUCAUGUAGACCCCGCUCGGGAUAACUUCAGGACCAUGACCAGCUUGUACUGCUCGAUGAGCCCAGCCACGGACUCCGUUAACCUGAGCACCCAGACACACGGGGCCGUGUUUAAUUUGGAGUACUCGCCCGAUGGAUCCGUGUUGACGGUCGCCUGCGAGCAAACGGAGGUUCUUCUCUUCGACCCGGUGUCCUCCAGGCACAUCAAGACGCUGGUGGAGGCCCACGAAGACUGUGUCAACAACAUUAGGUUUCUUGACAACAGGCUGUUUGCCACCUGUUCUGACGACACCACCAUUGCAUUAUGGGAUCUGCGGAAGCUGAACAGCAAGGUGUGCUCCCUGCAUGGCCACGCCAGCUGGGUGAAGAACAUAGAGUACGACACCAACACACGCCUCCUGGUCACCUCUGGCUUCGACGGCAACGUCAUCACCUGGGACACUAACAGAUUUACGGAGGACGGCUGCCCCCAUAAGAAGUUCUUCCACACACGCUACCUGAUGAGGAUGCGCUUGACGCCGGACUGCUCCAAGAUGCUCAUCUCCACUUCCUCAGGCUACCUGCUUAUCCUGCAUGAUCUGGACCUGACGCAGUCGCUGGAAGUGGGCAGCUACCGCAUCCUCCGCACCCGGCGGCCCCCACUCAGCUCUGAUGGCGCCACAUCCGGCUCCAGGUCAUCAGGAAGCCUUCGCCAAGGGAAUGACUCCAGCAAGAGCCACCCUCAGGCCUCUCAGAGAGAAGGUGCAUCGCCGAGGAACAGCUUGGAGGUCCUGACCCCAGAGAUCCCCGGAGAGCGGGACAGAGGAAACUGCAUCACCUCCUUGCAGCUGCACCCCAAGGGCUGGGCCACACUGCUCCGCUGCUCCAGCAACAUGGAUGAUCAGGAGUGGACAUGCGUGUACGAGUUCCAGGAGGGGGCGCCGUCGCGGCCGCCCGUGUCCCCUCGCUGUUCGCUGCGACUCACCCACUACAUCGAGGAAGCCAAUGUGGGCCGAGGCUACAUCAAGGAGCUGUGCUUCAGCCCGGAUGGCCGCCUCAUCUGCUCGCCCUACGGAUACGGCGUGCGUCUGCUGGCCUUCGACGGCAGCUGCGGCGAGCUGGCUGACUGCCUGCCGGCCGAGACCAGCCGGCUGCUGGAGGUGCGCUCCAUCUACUCCCAUAGCGACGUGGUGCUCACCACCAAAUUCUCCCCCACGCAUUGCCAGCUGGCUUCAGGUUGCCUCAGCGGACGCGUGUCACUCUACCAGCCCAAGUUCUAGGGCUCAGACCCACGGACCAUGAGGGACGCCCACAGGCGGCUCGUGAGUGCAUUAUGAGUCCUAUCAGCAGGAGGGAUGAACUACGAUUUCUUUUUAAAAUGUUCUGACUCUGAGUUCAGGCAGCACGUACAGAACACCUAUGCCAUAAACCAGAGGGGUUUGGGAGUUUGUUUUAGUAGUUUGUUUCAUUUACACUGUCUUAAUGCAUCCUGGAAACUAAAGAGAGGCACCGACUGCACUCCAUGCCAUAAAUAAAUUAGGGUGGGAAAAACAAAACAAGGGAGGUCAUGACCUGACCGGAGACCACAUGACCUGACCGGAGAUCACACCCCCACGUUACAGGUAAUUGCUAAUGGCUAAUGUGGGGAUACGAAAUUGAAGAAUACAAAUGGCUCCCCCAGGGCCCUCCACAUGCUUUGUUCUCUGCUUUAUCCACGCUGCCCGCUGCUGUUCCAGCGCGACGAUGCUGCUUCACUGCUUUUAAGCUUUGGGGAUUCGUCUGCAGGAGUCUUGUUUUUUCUGCUGCAAAAUUAUAUGUUGUGAGUUUUUCACCUUUUUACAUUUUAUAUGGUUUCCUCAAUUUGUUUCAUUUCAUGUGUAAUGACCCUAAAACUAGUUUUUCAACACUCUUAUUAAUCCCCCAUGGAACCAACGCACAUGUUAAAAAAUAACACUUAAUCACUAUAAACGUUGUAUAUACGUCUGUAGUCUUGUUUUCACUGGAUUUUUAAAAAUCUACACAUGACUUCUAUUGCUAUAUGUAGAAGUCGUGUGAAGUUGUUAUGGCUAUAACAUUUUAUUUUUUAUUUUAAACUACGGGAUAUCGUUAAGAAUUUUGGAAUUUUUUUUAGUCCUUGUCCUUGACAGUAUCUUCUGGUCACUUCUCUCUCACCAAGUGCUCUGGGCCUUUUAGCACAUUAAGCUUCCAAUGUCUCAGUGGCAGUAAUGUCUGCCUCAACAACAUGCAAUGCUAUGCUCAAUAUUGCGCUAACCUUUAAUUUUUUACAGUCCAGGAUGCCUGCCUUUUCUGUAAACCAUACUAUGCUCACAGCUCUUUGAUUGUCAACUGAGAAUGAGAAUGAAAGCCACUGGACUUUAUGCCUCUGAUGAUGAGACAUGGGAAUAUCACUGGUUAUCCUUCCUGUGGUAUCAACACUAUGGCAUCAUAGCAUUUAAUGUGAAUAAUAACUGCAGUUUGGGAAAAAAAAAAACAUUAGUGUCUUGGGAGAAGCUCUCUAACUUAGUGUGAACCAGACAGUGGUUGUGAUAUUACGGAUGGUCUGACUGGGCCUGAUACCACCCUACAACAAACAGAACCCCAUCCCCCCACCCCAGAUGAAGAUUUAAAACCUUUCUAGAAUUUCUUGGAUCUUUUGCUUCAAAUAAACCUUGUAAACUGACCAUCUUCUGGCCUGCUGCAGGGAACAGUGUACACUACAAUCUGUUUUAACACCGUUAAAGAUGUGUCAUGGCAAUGCUUAAUCCGUACACCAUGUUGUUUCUAGUCAUUUCUGUCUUCACCGUAGCUCUUUCAUUGUCACACAUUUUGUCGCCAUGGAUUCGGAGUGUAGUUUUCGACCUUAGAGCAUCUGCUGGGUUUUGGCUUUCAGUCGGUUGGGGGUGAGUGGGGACUGAGUUAAUGAGCUGCAUCCAGCCCAUUUUAGCAUCUCCUGACUGCUUUGAUAAAUGAUUGUUCUUGGUUCACCCUGAACAGGUGCAGGUAAUGCAUGUAUUUUCUCUGCAGAUCAGUUUUGCUGUCAAUAUAUCCAGUUACAUUCUGUUUUCAUUGUAGUCACUGACAAUAUUAAUCCCUCUACUUUCUCAAACUUUGUUUUGGUUUGUGUUUUUUUUUGUGUAAUUCAUAUUAAAGCAAAUAACCAGAUCUUUGCCAAAACUUCAGAUGGUAAUUUGUGUUGCAUGCCAGCAUAAUAUUGUGGUGCCCUCGGGGGUUGGUGAUGCGUUUCAAAUGCCUGCCUUUGCAGUGGGGGUGGGGUGUAACCAUAAAGGUUUCAGAAGUAGGUCGACAAUCUCAGAAGCAUUACUCAGAUCAACCCUUUGGGUGAGAAAUGUGUAGUGUUACCCAUGUUAUGGCAAUCCUGACGUAAGAGCAGUUCCCGGGUGCCUGAGGCUAAGCCCUUCACUAAGCAACUUAGUAGAGUUGCUAUAAUUUUAUUUCAUAAUGCAGUUUCUCUCAAUCCGGUCCUCGGGGACUCCAAGACAGUCCAUGUUUUUACUGGGGGGGGCAAGAAACACUGUUAUAAUAUAUUUCUGUUGAAGGAACUUUUUUUUUGCCUUUUUUUUCGGAAAAUAUAUUGUUUAUAAGUUGGGUAUGUUUCUAUCCACUUCACCAUGGUCCACUUUGUGUUUUUCUUCCAUUUAAAUGUAUUAGUGACUUGAUCUAACAUUGUGUAUGGUUAGAAAAUGUACUGCUUAUCAGAGCGCUUCUACACAAAUAGACAGAAGCAAGUAGCAUUUGAUUUGCACACCUUUGUUUCCUUUGGGUAAUGUGACUUUUUUAGUUAAAAUGUAAAGAUUUGCUUUUUUUUAAACUUGGUUAUUGCUUUGUAAAUGGGUGCACUUUUCAAUUCAAUGUAGUUGUACCUGAAAACACUGAGGUAAAUCCUUAUGAAACUUAUUUUUAUUAUGCUUAAAGUUGCCUGUUUCUAUUUAGUAAUUAAAGUCAAGCUUGGUAAGUAAGCUUCCUUCUCAAAUUAAUAACAAUAAUAAAAUGCCUCUGGACGUUUUAAUGGAAUAAAAGCUCCAAAAUA